AUGCAAGGAUACAAGAGGAAUGCAUUCCACUCCCUGCCGAAACCAGCAAGGCACAGCGACACCUUCCGUUUCCUGCUGCUGACCUUCAUCGCUGUCGCUUGCAUCGCAGGCAUCCUCAUUGCUGGAGCCAUCAUCAUCUGCCUCAGACAGAAUGCCAAGCAGCGACAGAAAGAGAAACUGGCUGGAUUGGGCCCUGAAGGAGGGACUGACACCUCCCUCGAAUAUCAGGAGCUGUGCCGACAGCAUAUGGCAGCCUACUCCCGCACGGAGACCGUGGACACAUCCCGGGUCAGCAGCGUCUCGUCCCAGUUCAGUGACGCUCCCCAGGCCAGCCCCAGCUCCCACAAUAGCACCCCCUCCUGGUGUGAGGAACCUGUCCAAUCCAACAUGGACAUCUCAACUGGACACAUGAUACUGGCAUAUAUGGAAGACCACUUGAAGAUCAAGGACCGUCUGCACAAGGAGUGGGAGGCGCUGUGUGCCUAUCAGGCUGAACCCAACUCGUGCACCAUUGGACAGAGUGAAGUUAACAUCAAAAAGAGCCGAAAUCCUGACUUUGUUCCUUGUACGUAUGAGAGAUUGUGUGUCUGUAUGUGUGUGUGA